GGAAAUCACCUCCAAAAUUUCCCUUCUCUUUCCUUAACUUUUCCUGGUUUCUUUCUUUGUCUGUUUUUCUUCAGAUUCUUCAAUUCAUCUCUGUUUAAUUACAACCCAAAAAUGAAGAAAAAGGCUUCCGCUUUCUUCAAGAAAGUGAUUUGCCUAUUGAGUUCUAUCGUUAAAGCAAAAUCCAUGUCUGUCAAGAACAAAACCAGCGCGGUCAAGGCUCGCCUCAUUAUGUUUUCUUUAAUGAAGAACAAGAAAGUUCUUCUCGGCACGAUCUCGAACAAGAUUCAUGGCAUCCUCGGUCACCACGAUGAUCAUGAAGCUGAUCAGAGCAAAGCCAUUGUUCUCUACAAUGCCAUCGCUGCCACGGAGCCAACUCAGUCGAGCUCGAGCUACACGCAUCAGCUGGAGUACUAUAACAGCGAUAAUGACAACGAUAACGAGAAGUAUCCAGAUCUUACUCAUUCGUUGUUCAACGAAGAGGGUUUCGAGUUCGACGACGAUGACGAUGAUCAAGGCGGGUCGAUAAUCGAUCUGGUGAAGAAUUCUAAAGAAGAAGGAGGGGAGGAUUUCAGCUUGGAAGAAGAGAUUGAUCAUGUUGCGGAUUUGUUCAUCAAGAGGUUUCAUAAACAGAUGCGUUUACAGAAGCUUCAAUCUUUCAAGAGGUUUCAAGAAAUGCUUGCCAGAGGCGUCUGAAAAAAUAAAUUUAAUUAAAAAGUAAUUAAUUUUUAAGGAAAUAUGGUAAUAUUGUAACAUUGCAUGCAUGCAGUUUCAUUAAUUUGUUUCUGUACGUUAAAAUUUUCAGCUACGUGUCAUUAUUAACUCGUUUUUGGUUAAACAGCUUCAACCGAUAGUUGAUCUGAUGAGCUUUUAUCUGAAUAAAUACAGAGUGGUGCAUAUGUGCUAUAAGAUGUUCAAAGUUUGGAGAAGUUCAGAUCAGUAUAGGAUGAGAGAUCACUGUAUAUGAGUGCUCUUUUAGGAGAAUCUAGCUGCUUUUAUUUAAUAAGUAAGCUCGAUUAUCAGGAAUCUUGAGACAAUUAUAUAUAUAUAUUUAAGUAGCUUUUGAUCUGGGCAUUUUUUGCUUUUGGAAGUAAUUGCUUCC